AUGCAGGCGACGUGUUGGUGUGCGGUGUUACUCCUGACGCCAGCGUUUUACUUGGUGACAAGUGUUCAUGCUUCCAAGGCGGACCUCCUCAAGUCGGGCAGCCCCAAGUCGACGUUAAAACACAUAUGGACAGAAAGCAGCAAGGACCUGUCAAUCAGCAGGUUGCUGUCACAGACUCUCCAUGGCAAAGAGAACACCACGGCCCUGGACCUGCGCUACGACACCCCGGAGCCCUACUCCGAGCAGGACCUCUGGGACUGGCUGAGGAACUCCACCGACCUCCAGGAUUCUAGAGCAAGAGCUAAGCGGCGGCCUAUGGUCAAGACGGGCAAGUUCAAGAAGAUGUUUGGCUGGGGAGACUUCCACUCCAACAUCAAGACAGUCAAGCUCAACCUCCUCAUCACCGGGAAGAUCGUGGACCACGGCAACGGAACCUUCAGCGUCUACUUCAGACACAACUCCACAGGCCAGGGCAACGUGUCCGUGAGUCUCGUCCCGCCAACCAAGGUUGUGGAGUUCGACGUGGCGGCCCAGCAGUCCGUGAUUGACGCCAAGGACUCCAAGUCCUUCAACUGCCGCAUCGAGUACGAAAAGGUGGAGAAGGGCGCCAGGAACACGCUGUGUAACUUCGACCCGUCCAAGACAUGUUACCAGGAGCAGACUCAGAGCCACGUCUCCUGGCUCUGUUCCAAGCCCUUUAAAGUCAUCUGCAUCUACAUCUCCUUCUACAGCACUGACUACAAGCUGGUGCAGAAAGUCUGUCCGGACUACAACUACCACAGUGACACUCCCUACUUCCCCUCUGGCUGA